GGUCACAUUCCCGACGGCAUCCCUUGCCGCCAUGGAGGUCUCCUGCCAGGCGCUGAGAACCACCCACCAGGCGAGGGAAGCGGAGGAGAUGCGAACAGAAGCUCGUCGGAAAAAUCUCCUCAUUCUAAUUUUGCAUUAUUUAAUCGAGGAAGGGUAUGUUGAUGCUGCAAAUGCUUUGGAACAAGAGACAAAAUUAGGUUUACGAGGGUUUGAAGUUUGUGACAACAUUGAUCUUGAGACAAUUUUGAUGGAAUAUGAAAGCUACUAUUUUGUAAAAUUUCAAAAGUAUCCUAAAAUUACCAAAAAGGUCCUGGACACUGCAGAAAAUAAACAACAGCUGAAAAGUGGAGGAAGAGCAAGAAGGACAGCAACUUCUUCUCAGAAUGUUCCAAGAGUCAAACAACAGACAGUGCAACGACCAGUGUCAAAAACUUCACGUGGGAGUACAGCAGAACCUAAAUCCUCCACCAAGGAGAGCCCCAGACAGAAUAGUGAUGGGGCAGAUACUCUGGAUCAGUCUGAUUUUGGCUUAAGCAUCUCAGGAAUCAGCAAAACUGGAGGAGACAGCUCUCACCCAAGAAAGGGCCAAAUAAUUGACUUCCACAAGAUGAUUCAGGAUGCUGUCAGAGUGUCACCAGAUGGAAUUCCCUUGAACAGCCUUAAUUGUGAUCCAGAUCCAUCAGAGCGAUUAUUGAAACCUCUUAGUGCUUUUAUUGGCAUGACUGGUGAGAUGAGGGAACUUGCAAUGGUUGUAAGCAAAGACAUUUAUCUCCAUAAGCCAAAUGUGAAGUGGGAUGAUAUUAUAGGACUGGAUGCAGCUAAAAGGCUGGUCAAGGAAGCAGUUGUUUACCCCAUAAAGUAUCCAGAGCUGUUUACUGGGAUUCUGUCCCCUUGGAAAGGAUUAUUGCUGUAUGGACCACCAGGUACUGGGAAAACUUUGCUUGCUAAGGCUGUUGCCACAGAAUGCAAUACAACCUUUUUCAACAUAUCAGCAUCCACCAUUGUCAGCAAGUGGAGAGGCGAUUCAGAAAAACUUGUCCGGGUGUUGUUCGAGCUCGCCCGGUACCACGCUCCUUCCACAAUUUUCUUGGAUGAGCUGGAGUCAGUUAUGAGUCAAAGAGGCACUGCUCCUGGUGGUGAACAUGAAGGAAGUCGGCGGAUGAAAACAGAAUUACUGGUGCAGAUGGAUGGCUUGGCCAGAUCUGAUGAUCUUGUAUUUGUUUUAGCAGCUUCCAAUCUGCCAUGGGAGCUGGACUCUGCCAUGCUGCGGCGGCUGGAGAAGAGGAUCCUGGUGGACCUGCCCAGCCAGGAGGCACGGAGGGUGAUGAUCCAGCACUGGCUGCCCCCUCUGAGCAGCAGCAGCAGCGGGGUGAAGCUGAGGACAGAUCUGGACUACAGCCUGCUGAGCCAGGAAACAAAUGGAUACUCUGGGUCAGACAUAAAACUCGUGUGCAAGGAGGCAGCCAUGAGACCAGUGAGGAAAAUUUUCGAUGCUCUUGAAAAUCAUCAGCCAGGUAACAGUAACUUGCACACGAUCCAACUGGACACAAUCACAACAGCUGAUUUCCUGGAUGUGAUCACCCACACCAAGCCAUCAGCAAAGAACCUGAGCCAGAAGUACACGGCUUGGCAGAGGGAAUUUGAGUCAGUCUGACAGAAAGAAAG